GAUAUUCGAUCAUUCUUCACGCCAAAGGGCGGUGCACCCCCAAAGCCUGCGGCUGCAAAGCCAGAACCGCCGGCCAAAGCCAAGCGAGGCAAAGGGCGAAAGGUCAUCGAAGAUAGCGACGAUGACGAAGUGGUAGACAAAGAAAAGGUACUCACAAACUGCGCAAUAUGCAUUGGCUCCCUCUCAUGGAUUGUUUUAACCCCUAUGUUAGGGAGACGGAACCAAAAGGCGUGGCCAUAUCUGCCGACGACUAUUUCGCCUCUUCAAAAGAUUCUAAAGCUGCCAAAGCAUCCCAAACUCCCAAAAAAGGCGACAAGAAAGCCAUCAUAGAGGCUGAAGUCCCCGUCAGGCCCAGCCCCCGGGCCAAGAAGACCGCGGCAAAGCCGGCUGCACCAGAGGAUGACGAUGAGGAUGUAGCUCCUCGAUCCAAGAGGGCUAGAACAUCCUACGGGGCCGCCCCUGUUGACGACGAUGACGACGAUGACGUUUAUAUGGACGACGGUGAUGAGGAUGCGGACGAUAUCUUCGCCGCUGACGCCAAAGGCCGAAAUAAGCGCAAAAACGAUGACUACGAGGAAGAAGAGUCCGAAGACAAGGUCAUUCCGCAACCCAAACGACUUGCCUCGCGGGGACGGCCCGCCGCUUCUGGAAAGAAAGCUGAAGAGAAAGUGAAGACCACACCGGCCGGCAAGAAGAGGAAGUCGCCUGAGCAGGAAUCCGACGAAGAAGAGGAAGAGCUGCCUAGGAAGAAACCUGCAGCAGCAAGCAAACCACGCGCGCCAAGAGCCAAGAAAGCAGACCAACCCGAGGACGAAGCCAUCCAGAACAUUCUCGAUAGCGUGGCUACUGUACGAGCGCCCACACCUCCGCCCAAGGAUGGCAAAGCAGGCUUUGACUGGAGAAAAUCUGCCGCGGGUGGUGGCAACGCCUCGGUGCAACCCUCACAGCCAACUGGCGAACUUCCAGAGGGCGAGGAAGAGUGUCUCAGCGGAUUGACCUUCGUUUUCACCGGCGUGCUGCAAACCAUCGGUCGCGAUGAAGCCCAGGCCUUAGUCAAGCGAUAUGGCGGCAAAGUGACGGGUCAGCCGAGUAGUAAAACAAGUUUCGUCGUGCUCGGAGACGAUGCUGGACCGUCCAAGCUGGCCAAAAUCAAGGCGAACGGCAUCAAGACCAUUGAUGAGCAUGGCCUCUUUGACUUGAUUCGCAAGCUCCCAGCAUUUGGCGGGACGGGUAAGGGCGCUCAGAAGGCACAAGAGAAGAAGAAGGCGGAGGAAGAGAAGGUGAAGCAGCAGGUUGCUGAGAUGGAGGCGGAAGAGAAAGCAAAGAGGCGAGAGGCAGAGAAAGAAGCCAAGAGGUUGGCUGCAUCCCGAGGGCAAUCCAGCAGUGCACCUAUCCAGCCUACAGCCGCACCUACGAUGCUUCUCACUUCCAAGUAUGCGCCAACACAGCUGAAUCACAUAUGUGGAAACAAGGCACAGGUGGAAAAGAUUCAGAAAUGGCUUCAUAACUGGCCAAAGUCGAAAAAGUACAACUUUCAGAAACGUGGCGCUGAUGGCAUGGGAGGUGAGCGAGCCAUCAUCAUAUCUGGACCCCCCGGCAUUGGCAAAACCACAGCGGCGCACUUGGCAGCCAAACUCGAAGGUUACGAUGUCCUGGAAAGUAAUGCAAGUGAUACACGAAGCAAGAAGUUGGUUGAGGCCGGUCUCAGCGACGUUAUGAACAACACCUCCCUGCUGGGAUUCUUUUCAGGAGACGGGAAGUCUGUGGACUCCACCAAGAAGAAGAUUGUGCUCAUCAUGGACGAAGUCGAUGGUAUGUCGGCUGGCGAUCGCGGAGGAGUUGGCGCCCUGGCCAAGUUCUGCAGGAAGACGGAGGUGCCAUUGAUCCUGAUUUGCAACGAGCGAAGACUACCCAAGAUGAAGCCAUUCGACCACGUUGCGUUUGAUAUAAGAUUCAACCGUCCAACAGUCGACCAAGUCCGCUCUCGCAUCAUGACGAUCUGCCAUCGAGAGGGCUUGAAGAUGCCUCCGCCAGUUGUUGAUGCCCUCAUUGAGGGCAGCAAUAAGGAUAUCCGCCAAAUCAUUAACAUGAUCUCGACAGCGAAGCUUGAUCAGGCAACCAUGAACUUUGACCAAACCAAGGCCAUGUCAAAAGCGUGGGAGAAGCAUGUUGUGCUCAAACCAUGGGAUAUUUGCCAGAAGAUGCUUGGUGGCGGGCUCUUUGCGCCUGCAAGCAAAGCGACGCUCAAUGAUAAGAUUGAACUUUACUUCAAUGAUCACGAAUUCAGCUACCUCAUGAUCCAGGAGAACUACCUCCAGACGAGGCCCAUGGCUCUCAGUGGCUCGGGAUAUACUGGUCGGGAAGCUACUUUGAAAGCUCUCGAGCUCUUUGACCAGGCGGCAGAGAGCAUUAGCGACGGCGACCUUGUGGACCGCAUGAUUCACGGACCGCAGCAGCACUGGAGCCUGAUGCCUACACAUGCUGUCUUCAGUACCGUAAGGCCUGCCAGCUUCGUUGCCGGCCAGUUGCUGGGAUCCAACUUUACUUCUUGGCUCGGAAAUAACAGCAAAGCUGGAAAAUUGGGCCGAUACAUUCGAGAAAUCCACUCCCAUAUGAGGCUCAAGUCAUCUGGAGACCAUAACGAGAUUCGACAGGAGUACUUGCCUCUGCUAUGGUUGCAGACGGUGGAUCGGCUGCAGAGAGAAGGGAAUGAAGCUGUGGAAGAAGUCAUCGACUUGAUGGACAGCUACUACCUCACCCGAGAAGACUUUGACGCCAUUCAAGAGCUGGGACUCGGUCCCAUGGAUGAGGAGCGUGUCAAGAUUGAGACCAAAACGAAGGCUGCAUUCACUCGAACAUACAAUUCCAUGAAUCACCCACUGCCUUUCAUGAAGGCCAGCAAUGUGUUCGCGCCGAAGAAACAAACGAAAGAGAUACCCGACUUGGAAGAAGCCAUUGAGGAGGAAGACGACGCCGAGGUGCUGGACGCACCGGAUGUUGACGAGGACGACGAAAUCGAUCUAAAGAAGGACAAGUAUAUCAAACAACCAAAGGUCAAGAAGGCAGCGAAGAAGACGUCAAAGACCAGCACCGCAGAUGAUGACGACACUACGGACUCGAAACCAAAAGGCCG